ACGCCUAAUCCGAGCCAAUGAUCAUUUUGUGGUUCAAUAUUAAAAAACUAGAAAAUUAUCAUAAUGUGAUUCGAAAACAUUCGUAUUGCUCUGGAUCAUAUAAAUUACACGAGGCGAGUUUCUUUCGAACGCAUAGCCUUUUGUGCUCCUUGUUGGUUCGUAGAAUGAUACCAAAAAUGGAAGACUCACAAAAGCUAUAUCUCGGUGAGCCUAAAGUGGUCUAUACUCCUGUGCAGUCUUCAUCCGACAAGUCCUACGUCAGAGGAUUGUACCUCCUUCUGUCAUGCCUGACCAUCGCCUUCAGCAUCGCCUUCGUGUUUUGCUUCAUUGAGAUCACAUCUCUUAGAGCUACAGCUGGCCACCUGCAGACCAUGGAAAUGAUUGAGCACAAGAAUGGCGCCAAAGUGUCCGAAAAAGCUCUGCCAAGAAACAAAAGAUUAGCUUACGAUUACAUUCAGGUUUCUGAACUAUCAGCCUUUUGUAAAAACCAAAAUGCUUACUGUACACAAGGCCCACAAGGACCACAAGGAUAUCAAGGACCACAAGGAUCUAAAGGAUAUCGUGGUGCUGAUGGAGAGAAAGGCGACAAAGGUGACACCGGAUAUAGAGGUCCAAAAGGCCCUGAUGGACCUCAAGGAAUAGACGGACCAAAGGGUGAAAGAGGUGACAAAGGAGACAAAGGUCCCCAAGGUUAUAAAGGAAACCCUGGCCCACAAGGACCUGUUGGUGAACCUGGUGAUGCUGGUGAUCAAGGAUAUCCAGGUGAACAAGGACCUCAAGGAGAGACAGGACCACAGGGUGAACAAGGUGACGUCGGUGAACAAGGUGAACAAGGUGACGCUGGUGAACAGGGAGAGAAGGGAGAAACAGGAUAUGCUGGAGCACAGGGACCUAAAGGUGAAAAAGGACCACAAGGAGAAAAGGGAGACCAAGGUCCACAAGGAGACAAAGGCUACAAAGGUGACAAAGGUGAUCAAGGUGUAGGCCAGAAAGGAGAUAAAGGAGACAAAGGAGACACUGGUGAUCAGGGACAACAAGGUUACAAUGGUAAACCCGGACCCGUCGGACCCCAGGGAUACAAAGGCGACACUGGACCACAAGGACCAAAAGGACCUAAAGGAUAUUGUGCAUCAUGCAAUUAUCCAAAAAUGGACGGCUCAAAAUCACACUUCAAAGGACUGUAUGUCCUGGUGGGAUGCUUGACUGUUGCAUUCACCUUGACCUUUGUGCUGUGUUACGUUGAGAUGAAUUCUCUGAGAAGCACCAUCAACAGCCUCCAGACACUGAAAAUGAUUGACCUGAAGGGCGAACAGGAAACUGUAGGGCACGAGGACAACAAAUCGGAAGUAGAGAAAGUUUCCAGAAACAAGAGAGGCUACUCCAACUACAUUUCUGCCUCAGAGGCUUCUAGCUAUUGUAAAGAGAUUAAAUCCUAUUGCUCAGCUCCAGGCCCUGCAGGACCCAAAGGAAAUACUGGCCCAGUAGGACCUAGAGGUGUAAAAGGUGACCAGGGACCCAAGGGAGAAAAAGGAGAUAGAGGCGACAAAGGACUUCAAGGCGAACAAGGACCACAGGGACCACAAGGACCACAGGGUGAAAAAGGUGACAAAGGUGAAAAUGGACCAAGAGGCUACAAGGGACCUGAUGGACCUGUUGGACCUCAAGGAGAGAAAGGUGCUAAGGGUGAAAUUGGUGCUCAAGGUGAGACAGGUCCUCAAGGAGAACAGGGAGAGGCUGGCCCACAAGGUGAACAAGGAGAGAAGGGACCCCAAGGUGAAAAUGGUGAAACAGGACCAGACGGUGAAAAGGGUGAUACUGGCGCCGAUGGACCACAAGGUGAAAAGGGAGAGCAAGGAGACAAGGGAGAGAAAGGUGAUCAAGGUCCAAGAGGUGAAAGAGGAGAAAAAGGUUCCCCAGGAGCUCCAGGAUACAAAGGACAACCUGGAGAUAAAGGUGAUAAAGGAGACCAAGGACCUAUAGGCAACCAAGGAGCUCAAGGCGCACCAGGACCACAAGGACCUAAAGGUGAAACUGGGGACCAAGGACCCGCUGGACCUAAAGGAGACUGUACUCAAAAUUGCAAGAAACCAUACUAUUAGAUGGAGCGUAUAGAAGUCCAAAAACACCUGUUGAAGAAUUUUUAACUUGUUUGAAUUCGAUGAAAUAAAGAAUAAUAUUUAUCAAUGAAAAA